AUGCAGGACAAUAUUCUGGUCGCGGUCCUUCUGGCGGUGACGUUCGUCACCCCAGCCUUCGCAUGGUUGUUCUACCUUUGGUAUCGAUCACAUGUGGCCCAAAUGCACCGGGAAGGACAAAUCUUCAACGGAAGGAACCGAGAUCGUGCCCAGGCCAACUAUGAGCCCGCCAACGCAGCCCAAUACCCCAUGUUUGGACCCUACUUCACCCCUCGCGGGUGGGUUCGACCAAAGACCCGAGGACUAUCCCAUGUCCUGCGUCCGCCACAGUAUGUUCAUACCCGGCAGCCCGUAUUUACCGGUAACCCGAAUUCUGACCAACAUUCCCAAGGCCCAAACCAAGCGAGCACGCAUAGUCCUCAGCGGGCGAACCAGCAGCCGAACCCAUUAUCCAAGCGGCAGCAAAGGAAACAACGAGCGCUACAAAACAAACAAAGGCAGCAGCAGCAAAGUCAGAAUGAGCCACCGAACAAGCAGAACCGACAAAACCAGCGCAAACAGAAAUGCAAGAACCAAGGCCAGAACCGUCAGAAGUCCCCCAAUGUCCAUUCCCUCAAUGCCCAGGGUGCCCAAGACGAACAAUAUCAUCAAUGGGGAAAUACAGAAGGCCAAAAUGACCAUACCAGCAACCAUGGUGGUGGAGGUGGCUGGGGAAAUGAUGAAAGCCCACAGGAUAAUCAACACAGUGCUGGGCAGAACGAGAAUGACAACGGUUGGGGUAGCAAUUUCAACAAUGACCAAGGGGGGCUGAAAAAUAGUGGAUCAUGUUCCCCACGACGAGGCUCACGAGACAAUCACAAUAGCCCACAGGAAAAGAGCGCUCAAUGGGGGAAUCAACAUCAUGAUGAUCACACACGCAGUGACGGGAGAGGGGGAAGUAAUAAACAGCAGCACCAUCACAAUGGAUGGUCCAACAGUCGCCCUGCGUCCCCAGAUCAAGUGUCAAUAAACGAAGCGGAUUUCGGGGGUGGCUGGGGUCAGAGUAACCAUGGUGGACAGGAAACUAGCUAUCCACGGAGCAAUCAUUCCAACGAAGACCAUAACCGUUACGGUGGAUGGGGAGAUGAUGAUACGAAGAGUUACAAGAAAAACAAAGGCAACCGUCAUGCGUCCCCAGAGCGAAAGUCAAGAAACGAAGCAGACACCGGCGGUGGUUGGGGGCAGAGUUGCAGCGGCACACGGCGAAAUAGCACGUCAUGGAGCGACCAUCCCAACGAAGACCAUAACCGCUACUAUGGAUGGGGAGACGAUGAUACAAAAGGUUACAAGAAAAGAAAAGGUAGCCGCUACGCGUCCUCGGAGCGAAAGUCAAGAGGCCGAUCAAGCCCCAACCGUGACUGGGGCAACUCCUGGGGACAUGCAGAAGGACACCGUGGUGGUAGCAGUCCAACUUGGGGGCAAGAUGGCAAUGUGCACCGAGAAAAAAAGAAGAAAAAGGAGCGCUGGCAGAUUGAAUUGGAGGAGAAUGCGAAGAGGCGUCGUAGUCGAAGCCCCUCGCAGGAACGCUCGGAUGCUGGAUGGGACAAGCGCAGCCAGCGUUCCGGCUGGAAAGAGAUACAGAAAUGGUGA